CUUGUCCCCUCUACUUUCGCAAAAACAUCACAGACCCAAAAGAAAAUUCAAAUAUAUGAAAGAUUAGAAAAAAUUAAUUGAAUUUUGAAGACUGCACAGAGGGAAUCCAAAAAAGCAGCACACGAAGGAAAAAAGGCAGGAAGCAGAAGUUCUUCCCUUCCGAGACAAAGACAAAGAAGGCAGACUCAGAUUGCCUUUGCUAAAGAGAUCAGAAAGCCAUGUCGGGAGUAAGAAAUGUUGAAAGGGAGGUUGUAUUAGAGGAGAUUGAGAAGCUUAAGAAACAUCAAACCGAUAUCCAACAUCGCAUAAAUCUUCUGCAAACACAGUUGGAGCAUGAGACGCCUGCACUUUCAGUGGAGCCUGAUUUUAAUAAUAAUUGUGGGUGGAAGACUGUGAGUGGCCAUGGCUUAAGUGCAGAGAUGAUUCAGAGGUUCAGCCGCCAUUUGUUGCUACCAGCUUUUGGAGUUGAAGGUCAAUCAAAAAUAUUGAAGUCUUCAGUACUGCUUGUUGGUGCUGGAGGAUUAGGAUCACCUGCUGCGUUAUACCUUGCAUCUUGUGGGAUUGGUUGCCUUGGAAUCAUUGAUUACGAUGUUGUUGAGAUGAACAAUCUACAUCGGCAGGUAAUUCAUACUGAAGCAAAUAUUGGAAAGUCAAAAGUGAAGUCUGCAGCUGCUGCAUGCCAUGCGAUUAAUUCUGCUGUCAAAGUUGUUGAAUACAUGGUUGCAUUGAGCACUGCAAAUGCAUUGGACAUUGUUGGCAAAUAUGAUAUAGUUGUUGAUGCAACUGAUAAUGUAGCAACUCGGUACCUGAUCAAUGACAGUUGUGUGAUCUUGGGAAAGCCUCUUGUAUCAGGAGCAGCUUUGGGAUUUGAGGGCCAGCUUACAGUUUAUCAUUACAAUCAAGGUCCAUGUUAUCGAUGUUUGUUCCCUAUACCACCACCUAUAGAUGCUUGCCAGCGUUGCUCGGAUAACGGAGUCCUUGGAGUAGUUCCAGGCAUAAUUGGUUCUCUUCAAGCUUUAGAGGCCAUAAAGAUUGCAAGUGGAGUUGGGGAUCCCCUUUCUGGCCGUAUGCUUAUUUUUGAUGCAUUGCCCACACGGAUUUAUACAGUCAAGCUCAGGGGGAGAUCUCCAAAAUGUACUGUAUGUGGUGAUAACCCAGAGAUAUCUUUUGAAAACUUCCAAAAUUUUGAUUAUGAAAAGUUUACUCAAUCACCGAUGUCAGACAAGGGUCCUUUGAGUUUAUGUCUGCUUCCAUCUUCUCAAAGAGUCACAAGUAGAGAAUUCAAGCAGCAUCAAGAAAGUGGAAAACCGUAUGUCUUGCUUGAUGUUCGAGAGAACCACCAGUACAAAAUUGCUUCUUUGCCGGAUUCCUUAAACAUUUCACUGUCGCAUUUGGAAACCAAAGUCCAGAUAAUUCAUGAAGCUAUGAAAGAGAUGUCAGUUAAGCGUUCAUCACAGGAGUCAAUGUCGUUUGAGGAGGCAAAUGGAACAACUUUGGAACAGAUUUCAUCAAGAAUUCCCUUAUAUGUUGUAUGUAGAAGAGGUAAUGACUCUCAGAGAGCUGUUCAAUAUUUGUGUAGUCAAGGGUUUCAUGCUGUACAUGAUAUUAUUGGAGGCUUGGAGGCUUGGACAAAGGAGGUUGACCGCAACUUCCCUUCUUACUGACACUGACGAGUAGAAUUUUAUUGUUUCAAACCGUUUGCUAAUAAGCUGAACUUCUACGGAGCCACAGAUGAAUUUAUUGCCAGUGGUUGACUUAUAAAAAUUGUUCUAUUUACAAGACAUGUCAAAGCAAUUUAGGAAUGGAUAUUAACAAAUAAUAAGCUGUCAAAUUUUCAUCUGACAACUAUUAUCUGUUCACUGUUGUAAUGGACAGAUAUUUCCAAUUUCGCUUCUUGGUCAUUGUUGUUUCUAAUGCUGCAAAACUGUAAUACAUUAAAAUAAUCCCUAGAAUGGUUUGACUUC